AUGUGUAACAUAACCACAAUUGCCGACGCUGCCAUCUUUGUCCGCGGAGCACUUUCAGGCACGAUAUCGCCUCAGAUCUGCUGCCCUUGGGCGCAACAUGCCGGAAUCUGGUUCGGCCAAGUCUCGGUCGGGCAAGCCGCUCAGCCGCCAUCUCCGCUGCUGUCACCAAAACCCGACGAUGCCAUCACUCGUCGACACGUUGCCACCAUCUCUGGAACACCACAACUCAAGAAGAUCGAGAAAGAGCAUCAGGAGCAUAGUUAA